AUGAUUAAACGAAUUUAUUACGGCAAUUUAGCGCAAUUCGUCAUCACGGCAAUUAGACACAUUACAACGGUGUGGUUUACUUUGGCAUCGGCUAUUUUUGAUCAAGAAUUAAUAUUAAUAUAUUACACAGCUGUAGCACCGAAUUGCCGAAAUAUCAGGGGCAGAACUGCUGAUAGAGAUAAAUUAAAUCCUUAG